AUGGGCCAGAGGCAUAAUAGACGCCGCACUCGUCGUUCAAGCAAUCGCAACAUACCUCACACUGUUCUCGCUCAACACCCGACCUUGCCUGUGGUAACGAAGCCAGCCCCUCGGACACCUCAGAACAGCUUUUGCGCACUUGUGUCUGCCGACAACUCUCCUGACGCAUGCAUUUCACGUGGAUCUCCGGCGGUCACCCUCGCCCCAUCAUGGCACAAUGGGUAUACAGCCUGGCAGACCCGUGAGCGCCCCUCGCGGCUGGGAUCAGGUGGACUGGAAGAAGCACAGUGUCGUCUGUUCGGUGGAGAGCCGGGCGACGAUGUGAGUCUCUGUUUCCGGAUGCUUGAGUACUUCGGUGGACUCGACUACAUCGACUCAACGAGUGGCCAUGCCCUUGGAGAUUGA